CACUCAUUCUCCCUUCCUCUCUCUCUCUCUCUCUCUCUCUUUCUUUCUUUUUUUUCCCUAUCUUAUUUUAUAUAGCUUUUCGCUCACUACUUUUUAUUUAAUCAUAUCAAACAUUAUGUUGUUUCCAAAAGAAGCCCGUAAGGUCAUUGCAGUUGACCUCGAUCAAACAUUAGCACAUACAUUAGAAAGUUUAGUUGAAUGGCAUAACGAUACUUAUUCUACACAACUUAGUGUUACUGACUUUAAUACCUACGAUUAUUGGAAGAUUUGGGGAGGUACAAGAGAGGAAAGUUAUGUAAAAAUCAGAGAAUUUUAUGAAUCUGAAUACUUUGAUCAAAUCAAACCUAUUAGAGACUUUGCCUUGGAAAGUUUGAAAAUGUUGAAGAAACGUCAUUUUUCUUUAGUGAUCAUCACGUCUAGACAGCAAUUUAUUGCUGAAAGAACAAAACGAUUUGUAGAUAGACAUUAUCCAGGCAUAUUUGAAAGCAUCUAUUUUUGUAAUUUAGGCUUAACGGAUGCUGAACAAUUAGAAUAUGUUUCAAAACCAAAGUCAAUUAUUUGUCAAGAGAUUGGAGUAGAUGUAUUGAUUGAUGAUUCUCUUGAACAUGCACUUGACUGUUCCUCUUUGGGUAUUGAAGUAUUACUUUAUGAUCGAAAUGGAGAAUACAUUUGGAAUCAUGAAGAUAAAAUGAAAAAGAAAAAUCCUCGUUGUGCACACACACUUACUUCUACAUCUAAAAGACUUUAUCAACGUAUUCCAACCAAGAUAUCAAAAAAUAUACAUCGUAUGACCAGUUGGACAGAAAUUAUAGCCCAGUUUCCAAAGCCAACAAGUCCGCUCCGUUACUGCACUUAUCCACCAGAUUCCUGUUCUGAAGAAGAAGAAGAGGAGGAGGAGGAUAAAGCAGAAGAAGAUCAAUUAUUUGAUAAAUCAAAUUAUUAUGGAUAUGAAACUGUUGAAAUAGAAGAAAUGAGUGAUGAGGAGGAUGAAUAUCCAGUCUGGAAAGAUAAUCGAGUAUGGACAUAAAAAGCCUUUUCUUUUCAUUUCUUCUGUAGAUUAUAUAAUCAUAAUAAUAAUGCAUACCCCUUUCCUCGUUUAUUUCUCUCUCUCUCUCUUUUUAUGUAUAUUGUUUUCUGUUCCUUUUAUUAGAAUAAAAUAGUGUUCAUUGUUUAUAUGUAAUAUGCAAGCAGUUUUCUUAAAUAGCAUAUAAAAUUUAUACUAGGAACAGGAGUACACUGACAAUGACGUAUAAUGCUCAACUAAUAAAUUCUCUCUCUCUCUCUCACAUGUUAAACUUUGAUUGCAUAGCAAG